AAGUCAAAUUCUCACGUGGGUGGAAAGAUAUCUGUCAGGGUCAAACACGAUUGUGGAACAGGGUGCUGCGAGGCCCUUCUGUACAUGGUGUGUACCACAUUGGCAACAUGCAGAUACUACUAGCCUUUGUCCUCGGUGUCUGUGUGGGCCCCGCCAUGUCCGUGGUAGUUCCUGUCACCAUGGGCCAUCACUGGGAGGGCGGGUUCGAGGGGAAAUUCUGCAUCCCAUUCUCUGUUGACGUCACUUCCUGGAAAGCACACCUACAGUUCAGCGAACCAGUUACAAAACUCGAGAUAUGGUUAGCUGAGAUCGAGUCUCAGACUCCAGACGGGCGGGAAUUCGUCCUCGUCAAUAAACCCUUCAACGGGAACGAGCACGUGGGCGACAGUCUCUGCAUCAACUUCAACGGCCACGGUAACGGGGACAUCAACCCCACUGUCAACCUAACUGUGGAUCUCCCUCUGCCCACCACGACACAGACAACCACGACUACCACCGCCUCUCCGACCACGCCCACCACGACGAGAACACUCGCCCCUGGGGAAACAUGGCCACCAACCACUGAGCCAAUAACACCCCUCCACAAACGACACAACAUCACGUCCCAGAUGAAGCUGAGUCAGCACUAUGGCACAACGUGGGAGGGCGAAUUCUGCUUCGACUUAAAGGUCGAGAUAGUUGCAUGGGAGCUGGACAUACACUUCAGCCAGGAGACAAAGUCGCUCAAUAACUAUGACGGAGAUUUUAUCAGCGACACAACAUCUUGUACAAAGCACGCUGUCCUGGUGAACAAGAACACUAAGGGCGUCCACUACGGCGGCAGCAACUACUGUGUCAGGAUGACCGGGCAGGUGUGCGGGGGCGGCGUCCCUACAGCGUACGCCGUACUCGUUGACGUCACCAACGACGAUCAAACAGUGCCCCGAGUACCACUGGUUCAAGGAGCCCAAGCCACAAAAUACAACUAUGGUGAGAUCCUGAUGAAGUCCAUCCUGUUCUACGAGGCUCAGAGAUCCGGGAAACUCCCCCCUGACAACAGGAUCCCCUGGAGGGGGGACUCGGCGUUAGGAGACAAGGGAUCUGGCGGCGAGGAUCUGACUGGUGGAUGGUACGAUGCUGGGGACAACGUGAAGUUCAACUUCCCCAUGGCGUUCAGCACGACCCUCCUGACGUGGAGUCUCAUCAGAUACAAGGACGCCUACAAUGCAACAGGGCAGCUGGAGGACAUGUACGAGUGCAUCAAGUGGCCUCUGGACUACUUCAUCAAGUGUCACACCAAGCCGAACGAGUUGUGGGUACAGGUUGGUAAUGGCGGCACGGAUCACGGGUCGUGGACAAGUCCAGAGCGAAUGACCAUGUCCAGACCAGCCUACAAGAUUGACACAUCGUCAGCAGGUUCAGACAUUGCAAUGGAGACUGCGUCUGCCAUGGCUGCUGGGUCUAUAGCUUUCAAGGACAAAGAUCCCGCCUACUCCGCCAUCCUUCUGAAGCAUGCUAAGGAACUGUUUGACUUUGGCAAAAAUAACCAGGCGUUCUACAGUGCCAGCGUGUCAGCAGCUGCUGGGUUCUACACAUCACAGAACUUUACUGACGAGAACAGCUGGGGUGGGAUGUGGUUAUACAAGGCGACUGGGGACAAGGCCUAUCUCGACUACGCCGAGCUGCACCACAUCGGUGUUGCUGCCUGGGGCUUCUCCUGGGACGAGAAAGUGGCUGGAGCAAAUAUGUUGCUGUAUGAGGAGACCAAGAAGGACCUCUACAAGAAGGACAUCGAGGACACGUUCACUAUGUGGUUCCCUGGGGGAGAUGUCCCCUACAGCCCCAAGUGUAUGGCGUUCAGACUGCAGUGGGGAGCCCUCCGAUAUGCUGCUAACACGGCUUUCAUCGCCCUGGUCGCCGCGGACAAUGGCCUCCACACAGAAGAAUACCGGAAGUGGGCGAUGUCGCAGCUGCACUACGCCUACGGUGACACCGGAAGGAGCUACAUCGUCGGAUUUGGUGUCAACCCUCCCGUGAAGCCACAUCACCGAGCCAGUUCCUGUCCGAUGCUACCGGCGCCUUGUGGGUGGGACGCCCAGCUGAACAAAGGCCCCAACCCCCACACGCUGUACGGCGCCAUGGUAGGCGGCCCUGGUCAGAGCGACGACUACACCGACAGCAGAAUGGACUACGUCAAGAACGAGGUGGCGUGCGACUACAACGCUGGCAUGCACGCCUCUACAGCAGCCCUGGAACACCUGGCUCUGACACACGAACUUCCGACGACAUACAAGGACAUCUGCCCUUAGACAAACUAUCAAUGUGGGAUUAGUGAAGAUUCAGACUAAUAAAGUCCUCUCCAUCAA